CCCAAUAUCCAGUAUCCACACUGUUCAUUUGUUCUGUGCUAAUAGCCAACAGGCAGUAACAGGCACUAAGCCGAUUCCAGUUUUGGUCAAUCACUCGUUGUUGGAUAUAAUUUGAGAUUACUUUUAUUUACUCUAUCAAAUUUUGUCAUCAUGGAUUUACUUGGGUCGAUCAUGAAAUCAAUGGAAAAACCACCGACUGUGGAUACCAAAGAAAAACUAAGGCAAAAAAAAGCCCAAGAAAUAUAUAUCAAACAACAGAAUAAGGAAAAAGCAAGAAUGAUACAAUUCCGUAAUGAAACGGAGAAAAAAGUGACAUCAUUUGUCCAAGACGAUCACCAGACUCGUUUGAAAUUCCCUACUUUGAAUAAAGUGCUACGCAAUAUAGUACAUGAAAUUGCCGAGGAUGCUGGAAUGUUAGCUUAUUCUUUUGGAGAAGAAGAAGUUGAUCGUUAUAUUAUGAUAUUUAAGAAAGAUUCUCCGCCUUCUGAGGACGAAUUAAAUGCACUUCGAAAUGGUCAAGAAUGGAAUGAUGAUAUUGCUAAAAGAUUAACGGAACAGAGGGAACAAGUUAAAAUUGAAGAAAUGCUAGAUGAAGAAAAACGAAUGAUGCUUAAGCGAACUAACCAAGAUAAGCCUAAAUAUAAUUACAAAGAAAAAUUCCAACAUCUUGUUGGUUUGGAAGCAGCUGAACAAGCAGCAAGGAAGACAGAGACUAAUAAAUCUUAUGGGUUUGUUCCAAGUGAAAAUAAAAAGGAUCAAAGGUCAAUCGAACAAACGCUAGCUGACAUACGCGAAAAAAAAAGAUUGAAAAUAGAAAAUGAUAACUCUCAAAAUCAAUCUUUAAAAACAGACUAAUUUAAUUUUGUUAUAGUCUACAUAUUUAUGAAAUAUAGGUUUAUUAAAUCAGACAAAAUAGAAAUAUAGCUCCUAUUAAAAUUGUUUAAAAUAAUGAAGUAUAAAAAUAAAAUUCUCAAAUGUUAUGUAUUAUCCUAACAAAUUAUUCAAUAUUAUUUACUCAUUUUAUUUUAAAUUAAUCAUGUAAAGCAAUACUCAAUAUAUUUUUGAUAUUUAUUGGAAUAAACUUGUUAUUAACAUUUAAACCUAGAAAUAAAUGUAGAAGUAAUGAAAAAUAGUUUGUACAUUAA